GGGCCGGUGACCUUCGAGGAGGUGGCUGUGUAUUUCACCAGGGAAGAAUGGGCUCUGCUGGACCCCGCUCAGAGAGCCCUCUUCAGGGAUGUCAUGCAGGAGAACUAUGAGAAUGUGACCACACUGGAUCAUCCCAUUCUCCCAGAGGGAAGGAAAUGGCUGCAAUGGAGCUGUCUCAGAGGACGUUCAUUCCGACAACUUCAUUUCUCAUGCAGCUGCAUCCUUAUCAAUUCUUACAAGCAACAGGGAAAGGAAAAUUAUGGCAACUUAUUUAUUUAUUACUUACUUAAUUAUUUAUUUAAGCAAAGAAUUACUGCUUGCUUAUCCCUUUGUCCCCUAAUGCCAUGUCAGCACGUUAGCAGCUUCCCAGCUCUUUUACUUAACCCUUAACAUAUCCCAACAAUUAUAAGAGAUAGCAAGCAGAUCAAAGCAGAUUACUUAGGAAAUAACCAAAAACUCAGACUAAGCCUUACACGCUAGAUGGAUAGAAUUUGAGUUAGCAAUUUCUCACCCUGACUGAUGAUACAAGCAGUCCAGCAAGUUUCCAUCCAAGGUUGGAUAUUAGGAAAAACUUUUUCACUAGGAGGGUGGUGAAACACUGGAAUGCGUUACCUAGGGAGGUGGUAGAAUCUCCUUCCUUAGAAGCUUUUAAGGUCAGGCUUGACAAAGCCCUGGCUGGGAUGAUUUAAUUGGGGAUGGGUCCUGCUUUUGAGCAGGGGGUUGGACUAGAUGACCUCCUGAGGUCCCUUCCAACCCUGAUAUUCUAGGAUUCAUACACAAGCUAGAAAUCCUUCUACCCUGGCACCAGCACUUCCCCCAGUUCAGUCUUUGUUUCUCAGGUGUUUCCAGGAGUUCUCUUGUGUGGGGAAUGAGGCCAUGAGAUGAUGUCACAACCCACCUUAUGUAGCUUUUCCACAUGGCGGGAACCCUUUGUUCCAAACUCAGUUCCCAGUUCAGUUUGUGGAAAAAUACAGGUAGCAAAAUGGAGUUCAUUGUCAUGUGGUCUGGUCACAUGCUGUAGCAUGCCCUGCUGAGUGCUAAGCUCUUCCACGGUCCGUUGUCUUUGUUGAUGAGCCAUCAGCACUGUCUGGCUUCUUCAUUGUUGUACCUGAAAGGCUAGUUGUGAGUGUUACCCAGAGUAAGCACAUUUCAAAUGCAGAUACAUAGUCAAUAUCCAUAACUUCAGUACAAACAUGAUCUAUUCAAAAAAUAGGAUCAUCAUAUUCAGCAAAUUAUAACUUUUCCAAUGACACAGCACAUGAUGCAUCUUGCACAAAUUGCAUCAUAAUUAUGUCCCAAUCAUAUUAUAAUCCUAUCACUUUGCUGAAUAUGGGGUGUAGUGUCCGAUAGGGCCUAAUUUCAAGGCACAAUUUUUAAUCUAUUUAAUGAAUGCCGUGUUUAUUUAGUAUCAUUCUAGUUUUCUAGUCAAAAUAUUGUGCUGAACCAGGUCAUAUGCCUUACAGAAUUCUAGGUAUAUUACAUCAAUACUAUUUAUUGCAACCAGACUUUUGAUCUCAUCCAAUAAGGAUAUCCAGUUAGUUUGAUAGGAUCUGUUUUCUCUAAACCUUUGUUCAUGGGUACUAAUUAUAUUACUCUCCUUUAAUUCUUUAUUAAUAAAAUCCAGUAUCAGCUGCUCCAUUAUGUUGUCCAGUAUCGAUGUCAGACUGACACUCCUGUAGUUAACUGGGUCAUCUCUUUUACACCUUCUAAAUAUUGGCACAGCAUUAUCUUUAUUCCAGUCUUCUGGAAUUUCCCCAGUGUUCCAAGUUCUAAUUAAAAUCAACAUUAACAGUCGACCUUUUAAAACUCUUGGAUACCAGUUAUCUGGACAUGCUCAUUUAAACAUGUCUAGCUUUAAUAGCUGCUGUUUCACGUCCUCGUGAGUUCUUGUUGGAAUGGAAAGAGUGUCGUCGUCAUCAACAUCUUAUGAUAUGAGUACAUCAUCUGUUUUUCUCCAAAUCUAGGAGGGAAAUAUUUAUUGAACACUUUUACCUCUUCUGUAUUAUUUUUGAUAAUUCUGCCAUUUCCACCUAGUAAUUUACCACUACCAUUGUUAGGAUUAAUUUUGUACUUAAUAUACUUUUAAAAACUUCCUUCUUAUUUUCAUUGAUUGGUUAUUGAUUUUUGAUAGCUUCCCUUAUCAAUUUUCUACAAUUCUGACCUCACUUAUAUUCUUUACUAUUGACUUCCUCUUUCUUCCAUAUAUUUUAUUUGGCGUGUGUUAGGAUUCCUACCAGAGAGCCACCAGCAGGGUCCAGAGACAGCCCCAUCUCCUAUAUCAAGCUCUGGCUAGUAGGGGCCAGUGACUUUCGAGGAGGUGGCUGUGUAUUUCACCAGGGAAGAGGAGGCUCUGCUCGACCCCACUCAGAGAGCCCUUUACAGGGAUGUCAUGCAGGAGAACUAUGAGACGGUGGUCUUUCUGGGGUUUCCAGUUUCCCAACCUGAUGUGAUCUCGCAGCUGGAACAAGGGGAAGAGGCAUGGGUCCCAGACCUCCAGGGCUCUGAGAAAGAAGUGUUCCCAAGUGCUGCUUGCACAGGUGAUGGGAUGGUGAGUGAGAACGAGGAGGAGAAACCCCAGCAGGAAGAUGCUGAGCCACUAGAACCACGUGGGACGUUAUCAGGAAGAUCCAAAGGGAAUGAUUCCGGGAGUUGUGCACUCCCAGAAAAAGCAAAAGCUUGUGAGAGUCAGCACAAGCCAAAGGAAAACUUGAGGAGCCACUCAGACCUUAUUACAUGCGAGAGCAUCAACUUUGAAGAGACACACUACUCAUUCCAUCAGUGUGGGAAAAGCUUCAGUGGGAGCUCAGACCUUUUCAUACAUCAGAAAUUCCAGAGAGGAGAGGGACCCUACACAUGCUCUGAGUGCGGGAAAAGCUUCAAUCAGCACUUAGCCCUUAUCACACAUUGGAGAAUCCACACUGGAGAGACGCCCUAUGUGUGCUCUGAGUGCGGGAAAUGCUUCAAUCAGAGCUCUGACCUUAUCACACAUCAGAGAAUCCACACGGGUGAGAAACCUUACGGAUGCUCUGAGUGUGGGAAACGCUUCAAUCGGAGCUCACACCUUAUCACACAUCAGCGAAUCCACACAGGAGAGACGCCCUACACAUGCUCUGAGUGUGGGAAAAGCUUUAAUCAGCACUCACACCUUAUCACACAUUGUAGAAUCCACACAGGAGAGAGAAACUAUAAAUGCUCUGAGUGUGGGAAAAGCUUCAAUCAGAGCUCAAACCUUAUCAAACAUAGGAGAAUCCACACUGGAGAGAUGCCCUACACGUGCUCUGAGUGCGGGAAAAGCUUCAAUCAGAGCUCUGACCUUAUCACACAUAGGAGAAUCCACACGGGUGAGAAACCUUAUGGAUGCUCUGUGUGUGGGAAGCGCUUCAAUUGGAGCUCACACCUUAUCACACAUCAGCGAAUCCACACAGGAGAGACGCCCUACACAUGCUCUGAGUGCGGGAAAAGCUUUAAUCAGCACUCACACCUUAUCACACAUUGUAGAAUCCACACAGGAGAGAAACACUACAUAUGCUCUGAGUGUGGGAAGAGCUUCAAUCAGAGUUCAAACCUUAUCAAACAUAGGAGAAUCCACACAGGUGAAAAACCUUAUGGAUGCUCUGAGUGUGGGAAACGCUUCAUUCAUAGUUCAGCCUUCAUCUCACAUCAGAGAAUCCACACAGGAGAGAUGCCCUACACAUGCUCUGAGUGCGGGAAAAGCUUUAGUUAUAAUUCAAAGCUUGUCACACAUCAGAAAAUCCACAUGAGAGGGAACUGUAAUAAAUGCCUUGACUAGGGCUGGCCAAAGGUUUUUUUUAUUUUUAAAUCACAUUUGCUAAUUCCCACAUAACGGUCUUUGCACCAUCUUCACCGUGGUCUCUCAGUUCCCCCAGAUGAGUUACCUGCUUCUGCCUUUUGCAGCUAACCCUUUUUUGGGGUCAGUCCUGUGAUCUUUUCUAUCAACUCCUUUGCUUUUGAGUCGUAGGAGAGUGUGUCCCUCCAGCCAGGAAUGUUCAUCAGCUCCAGGUGGGGGAGAGAGGUUUGAUCCCAACAAGCUACACUGAGGCAAAAACUACCUGUCCCUUACAUCCACUAGGACUGUACAUGGCGUUGACUGCUCAAGUGAGUGAUCUUGGUGUAAAAAGACAAUUAUAGUUGUAGAGCAGAUGCAGCCCAGGUGCAGUGGUUGACAUUAGCUUUCCCCUUGACCUGACCUAAACUCCAUCGCUUUUCCUAGUCUAAACCAAUCCUGAGCAUCACGAUUAUACUGAUAAAACCUGGGGCCAGUUUGUUCAAUAUCUUCAUUAAUGAUCUGGAGGAUGGCGUGGAUUGCACUCCCAGCAAGUUCGUAGAUGACACUAAACUGGGAGUGGUAGAUACACUGGAGGGUAGGGAUAGGAUACAGAGGGCCCUAGACAAAUUAGAGGAUUGGGCCAAAAGAAAUAUGAUGAGCUUCAACAAGGACAAGUGCAGAGUCCUGCACUUAGGACGGAAGAAACCCUUGCACUGCUUCAGACUCAGGACCAAGUGGCUAGGCAGCAGUUCUGCAGAAAAGGACCUAGGGGUUACAGUGGACCAGAAGCUGGAUAUGAGUCAAAAAUGCACCCUUGUUGCCAAGAAGGCCAAUGGCAUUUUGGGCUGUAUAACUAAGGGCAUUGCCAGCAGAUGGAGGGACGUGAUCAUUCCCCUCUGUUCGACAAGUUUUUGGAAAGCGUAGGGGACAAUU